AUUCAGUGGCUGACAGGAAGCCGGCCGCCUUGCUUGCUGCCCGCAAGUGUCUGUGGUGUUGGAGUCAGCUCCUGCAGGUGUGUGGGCUCAAGAUGAGGUGGCCGCAGUGAAGAGCCCCCAACUCUCAGCGCUGCAGGAAACGUGCACAGGAGCCGACAUGAGUGCGGAGACGGAGCUGCUGUGGCCCGGGGUGGCCCUCCUGCUGCUGCUGGGGGCGGUGGCCAGCCUGUGUGUGCGCUGCUCCCGCUCAGGUGCGAAGCGACCCGAGAAAAUUUAUGAGCAGAGGAACCUGCAAGAGAAUCAACAGAACUUUGCCGUGGCCCGGACCUAUUCCUUGGCCAGGCCCCUGAUGGACGCAGCCUCUGACAUGGCACCAACAAGGAAGGAUAAGCUGCUGCAGUUCUCCCCCAGCCUCGAGGACUGUGCAUCACCGAGGUACCAGAACUUCAGCAGAGGAAGCAGGCACGGAUCAGAUGCAGCCUACAUAGACCCCAUCAUCCUGGAGUAUUACACCUGGGAGCGGUCCCAGAAGCAGCAGGAAGAUGAUGAGGAUACUAAUUCCUAUGAGAAUGUGCUCAUCUGCAAGCAGAAAGAGCCCAACUCAGGUGAUGAGGAUUAUCAGAACUCUGCUUCCAUCCAGAAGUGGCGGGAGUCCCGAAGGGUCAUAGGGCAAGUCCCGAGAGAAGCACCUCUCUCCCCUGCAGGAAGCCCGGAUGACGACGAUGGAGAGCCCGAUUAUGUAAAUGGGGACGUGGCAGCCACGGAAGCCUAGGGCAGACCUGGGAGAAGCCGACCGUUUUCAUCGUCACCGAAGGAGCCAAGGAGCCCAAAGCUCACCGGAAUACUGACCGUCUCCCACCAUCACUUCUCCAGAGCAGCUGGACUUCUGGACCCACCACGCUACUCACGGGAGGUGCACCCACAUGUCCCACGGACCAUCCCUCUGGCCACGCGGGACCAGCAAGUCACACGUGGAACCAGCUUCCCGGGGGCUGGGCAGGAACUUGGCGCCGAGGGCACUGCAGCCCCUGCCGUAACUGAAUGCCCGGCACUUAGGGCAAGUGGCACCCCAUCCCCGCAUCUAAAACACCACACAAUACUGGCGUUCGUGUCCUUUUUGCUUUGGAUUGGGAUCCCAAAUUGCUUACUAAUGUCAGUGGCUGGGAUUUUAUGUGUGUGAUCGAUAAGCUUGUGUAAUUAAUUUAUAUAUACAGGUGGAGCCAUAUUUAAUAUUCUGCGUUCCAGGGUAGAUUUUGUCUAGUUUGUCUCCUCUAAGCAUUACAAGUUCUAACUUCAGCAGACACUUGGGGAGCCCUGGCACUCCUUUCUUCGGGUCUCAGUUCACUGAGGAAGAGAGGAGGCCACAGCCACCCCCAGGCUAUCAGUGGGCGUGUCCUGUGGACAAAGUGCGUCAGUUCUGCCGAGGGGGCGGGCAGGGGGGGCAGUGGUGUGAAUGCCUCCGCUGCUCCAGGGCUGGCUCAGCUCCCUGAUUGGGCAGCAUGACUGUCUCGUGGGAAGGGCAGAGGCCCAGUGGGACUUUGAGUCAGAAAAGCCACUCAGGGAAACAUGCCUCCUCCUUUCAAACCUCAAUAAACCUUUUUAG